CAUAUAAGUAUCGGUUUUGACCUCAAAACAUGUUCUAGAACCGGCACCGAUGACAAGUAUCAUCAGUGCCGUCUCUCGAUCGUAUGAGGAGGCCACCAUUAGAAGAAUCACGAAUGCUUAAUUUGUCUAACAAUCAUCGGUGACAUGCAUUGCAGGGUUGUGAUGCCUCCAUCCUUCUGAACGCUACGGACUCCAUGGAGAGCGAGAAGGAUGCCGAGCCCAACGCCACCCUCGCCGGCUUCGACGUGAUCGACGGCAUCAAGUCCGAGCUCGAGCGCAGCUGCCCGGCCACCGUCUCCUGCGCCGAUGUUCUCGCGCUCGCCGCCCGCGACGCCGUCGCGAUGCUCAGCGGGCCCAGCUGGGGCGUGCUCCUCGGCCGCAAGGACUCCCUCACCGCCAGCAUAGACAUGGCCAACAAGGAUCUCCCGAACCCGAAAGACAGCCUGGCCGAACUCAUCAGGAUGUUCGAGAAGAACGGCCUCGACGAACGCGACCUCACCGCGCUCUCCGGUGCGCACACCGUCGGCAUGGCACAUGACUGCAAGAACUACGACGACCGCAUCUACAGCCGCGUCGGCCAGGGCGGCGACAGCAUCGACCCAUCCUUCGCGGCGCAACGCCGGCAGGAAUGCGAGCAGAAGCACGGCAACGCCACUGCGCCGUUCGACGAGCGGACGCCGGCCAAGUUCGACAACGCCUACUACAUCGACUUGCUUGCGAGGCGCGGGCUCCUCACAUCCGACCAGGAGCUCUACACCCAGGGGUGCGAGACCGGCGACCUGGUGAAGACGUACGCCAUGAACGGCGACGUGUUCUUCGCCGACUUCGUGAGGGCCAUGGUUAAGAUGGGGAACAUACGCCCAAAGCAUUGGUGGACUCCGGCGGAGGUCAGGCUCAAGUGCUCGGUGGCCAACACCCAUUAUUGAUGCCCAUACUAUUAAGUACAACACAACUAUUUUGGAAUCAUUUGUAAGUGUGAAAUUCCUUUCGAUUUAAUUGUACAACAAACUGUAAGCUGUAUUAUUCUUUUGUACUUCAUCUGUUUAUUCAUUUUUUUAUGAUGUAUGGGAGAUCACUUUGCCCUGGAAGUUCAAUCACUCGCAUACAUGCACAAUGCCCGCUCUAGGUCGCCCGCUCUGAUACUAUGUCGGAUAUUAUAGGGAAGACAUGAAUACUGUAAAUAUUUGACAAAUAUACAUGAGUACAUAGAGAUCGAGGAGAUAAGGAAUGAUUACAGAUAUGGAAGUAAUCCACACAAAUCAAUCAUAUCCUAAUAUAACUCUAACUACCAUAUACUCUAACACUGACCACCACAACACCCGCCACCUGCCGUCGCCUACUCGCCAAAAUCCAUCAGCUCUUUCUUCAUUGCCAUCACUUACUUCAUUGCAACUGAUUUUAUUUUUAUUUGCUCACGAUUUAAAAGGUAUGAUAGGAUUUGGAAUCUAUGGUUC